UUUUCUCAAUUUUCUUUUUUUAAUAUGAUACGGUUAUCUUCAACAAAAUUAUCUUUUUUUAUUAGAUUAUCGCAUAACAAAACAAUAUUUCAUGUAUGUCAAGUUAGAAAACCGCCAAACCAUAUUUUAGUUGCUUCAUUUACUCAAAGUUCUACUGUAUCUAAUAGUUUUUUUAAAAGUACACCAUUUGGAAGCGAAAAAGUUAAAGAAGAAGAGGAACAAUUAAAUGAUGAUAAUUCAGAACAUGUAGUUAUAGAUGAAUUUAAAUCAAUUCUUAAAGAUGAUGAUGAUUAUACUAAGAGCCCUAAAAAAAUUACGGAUCCUAAUGAAAUCAAGGAAAAUAUUUUUGUAAUUUUACAAAAGUAUAUUGAAUCAUCAAAAGGAGAUUUGAUGCAAUUUGAAUUAAAGGAUUCGAAACUUAAAUUUGAGGUUUUAAGAGAUUGUACAAUGAUAAUAGGAAAGAAAAUACCAAAUUUUGAACUUAACAAAAUUAAUACAGUUAAAGAUGCUAUCGAUUUUUUUACUCAAGAAGAAGAAUCUGAUCAAAGAAAAGGUCAUCCUGUUGCAGAAUGGUUUAUAAAACAUAAAGAUGAAUUACCUUCAAAUAUGAUGUUUAUUCCUUAUGUAAAAGAAAGAGGUGUAAACCGAGAAGAUCGAUCUAAAAGACAAAAAUUCAAAAUUAAAGAACACAAUUAAAAACUUUUUUAACCAUUGUUGUAACUCAAAAUUUAUCAAUAUUACAUGCGGUGAUCACAUUUGUACAAAUACCAAACAAAACUCAAAUGGGAGCACUGGGAAAGGAAUGGUAUU